UCGUCUAACGGACAAAAUAGACGUAUUCCCUUGAGUCCGUGCACAACCAAUGACAAAUGAUUAUUUCUUCUUACUAUGAUAUGAUACAGCAGACGAAACACGCGAUAUAUUCACGACAAAUCAUCCCUCUUCAUUACCAAUUGAACAACUCUGAAAAACUGGCGUGUUACAAUAAUUUGAAAUUCUUUUUUUUGUUUCGUUCUCAUGCCUCUGUGAAUUGAACACUGGAUUUUUUUAUUGAAUGCUACAUUAUUGGUUUAGAUUAUCGAGUGCUCCGGCAACUGCUGUAAAUAAUUGAACAGAAAGACAUGUUUAAUGUUUUAUUGAAACUACUUUGAUUUCAUAGAAAUAAUCAGAUCAAAGGGAAUAAAGAAUGAUGAAAAUAUUACUUUGAAAAUUAUAUUAAAAAGUAGAAUAAGAAGACAUAGUGUUCGAAAAUGUCGAAAUUGGAAAUUAUCAGUACUUAUGGAAUUAAAAUACAUUUGUUAUUUAGUAUGCUACAACUGUACAAAUUUGUCGUCUGCGGGGAAUUGAUAAAAUUUAACGGUUGCAACAAUGUUAUUGACAUGGAAGAUCUGGAAAUUUACCAAGGAGAGCUAUCUCUUGCCAUCAACAGUUUUGAGAGUAGUGGCGGACGUGUGUCAUGUGACUUCACUGUGAAGGCGGGAACAGGGAGACAAGUGAUGUUCUAUUUUACUGACUUAUACCUUGGAGCUCCUAACAGCACCGAUCGUGUUGAUAAAUCAUGCAUAGAACCGAAAGAUGUGACAGGUCCAUAUGAGAUAGUACCUACAGGUAUGAGAGCAAUCAUAUGCUCAAGAACACAAGUUGCAAUAGGGGAUCGAGUAUACACAACUUCUGGCAGUGGUCUAUCCAUCCGUUUCUAUAGAAAUAGAGGAUAUAGCAUAACAGUUUACUUCAAAUUAGUUUUUACCGCCUUUAGGUCUGGUUCUUGCCGAACUACUGAAAGAAGAUGUAGUAAUGAAAGGUGUAUAUCACAUGAAAUAGUAUGCAAUGGUUAUAACCCAUGUGGCGAUCAUUCUGUCCAACGGGGCUCGAACAUUUAUCAAGUUGGGCAAUGAGUGGCAUAGUCGUCCUUGCCUUGCUCUCUGGAGGGAUUAUAAUUAUAAUGGCCGCUGUUUGUCUACAAAGAGCUACAAGCAAGCGAUAUGACUUUGAUGAUAUAACCGUGCCAGCCAAUGGCUCCUUAUGCCACGAACAUCAUAACGUUGAAAUGAACGAAGUAUCUAAAGACGCUGUACAUAAUGUAUUACUUGAUAAGAUCGAACAAUCACAUGAUAAUCAAUACAAAAAGUGUGACGGGAAAGAUAGAAGACUAAUGUUAAAUGAAUAUCAACAUUCUUUACUAGAACCACCAUCAGAAAAUGAUAGGGAACAGCUCAUUCAAUCAAAACGCUCAAGCUCGGAGAAUUACUCGGAUGAUUAUGGACCAAAUACACAAAACACAGACUUAAGUCCCUAUCCUGGAUAUGAAAGCGGCAGUUCGCUAAAAAAUAUAAGUGUGAGCGAUCAGUACGGGAACGCAGAAUUCUUAUCUUUUAAAGCAAAUGGCCUUCUUGUUCCGGAAAAUGUAUCCAAUUCAUCACCGCGACGACAUUUAGAGGAUGGCUUUCAUUUGUCUGGAAAUUCUUUGGUGUAUUCAGAUAGUGACAGUGGAGGGGAAGAUGAAAGGUUUAAAGUCACUAGUUUAGAUAGGAAACGACAACCGCCUUCAUUUCUUAAAUCGUCCAAUUCUCAUAAUGGUGCAAUUGGUGGAGAUACUACUAUGUUUGGAGACUUCCAACCUACACCCCCUCCUUACACUAGUACAAUGAAAAGCAUGAAAGUAAUGGUAGAUAAAGGACCUUGUAACCAGGCUAACUUUGUCUAAAUCUGAUAAUGUCAUAGCGGUUUGCCCUGAUUUUCAUGUGAAAUUCAUUUUUGCCACUAAGAGAAUUGACGAAUGCUGUCAAGUUAUCACAUUGCAUUGAAUUAUCACAGUAUAAUAAAGUAAAACGCCUUUAGCUGAUCUGACGUCAGUUUAGUCAUAUCAGACCUCAAUGCAGUUUUAAGAUAAGGGUACGCCUUUUUCAAGGGGAAACAUAGAACGUGUCAAUGCUACAAUUAAGCUAAAGAGUACAUUUAUAAAUUGCUUUGUUAUUAAAUGAUGUGCGAUAAAGAAAAAUGCAUAGUGUUUAUUUACAAAUGUUUAAACAAUAUUAAAUUGAAAACACUUAUGCCGGAAAACGUGUUUUUGUAUCAAUGACGUUUUGAUAAAAAAUGUGUGCUUAUAUUAUUACGAUUCUGAAAUAAAUACACUGCAAAAUGACUACAAAUGAAAUAAAUUGAGAGUUUUAUUGUUAAUGAACAGCAAAGAUAAUUCAAUUACAAUUAUGUUUUGUUUGUUCUCAAGAAAAGUAGUUUUAAGUCUAUAAAACGCUUUAUAUAACGAUUUUAUUUAAAUGUGAUAUAAUUCUUAUUUUGUUCGAA